CGCCAAGCGAUAACUGUUCAGUUGGUACGGAAGAUAGCUUAUGUGACGUUGAUUGUGGAGGGGACGGCUAUCAUAUUCCUGGAUUGUAUUUUUCCUGUUUACAGUUGCAGUUUUAAUUGAUAAAAUAUUUCAAAAUGUGGAAAAGGAGAUGGAUAUGUUUAUUAUUUUCAACAAUAGGCCUUUUACAUGGUUGUUUUGCUGAGGAACUCAAAAACAGUGCAACCCUUUCUAUCCAACCAGAGGGAAACUCUCAGUCUAGGCCAGCAGGUGAAAGUUUUGCUGUUACUUGUAUGGGAACAAGUGAAAACAAUGAACUUUUCUCAGACAUAAAAUGGGAAGACCCAAAAGGAAACAUCCUAGAUCCAAGUGGAAAUAACCUAAAGGUUGAAGUGAAAAAGACAAGUGAAAGUACACUGUCACUUGUAUUUGUUGAUCCUCAAACAGAAAACUCAGGCCAAUACUCUUGUAAAGCAUCUUAUAACUCCAAGCAACUGGAGACUGCUGUUGAACUGACUUUCUUUCAUGACAUCACUUGGGAUGAUUGCUCUAAAGAACAGGCAUUGACUAUUAAUCAAGAAGGAAAGUUACAGUGUAAAGUUUCAGCUAAUCCUUCUCCUAAAGUUUCGUGGGUAAAGUUAGAGGGAGGUCAUAGUAUUGAUUUGGAUGAAAGCAGGUUUACAGUUGUGAGUAAUCAAGUUUCAAUAAAUAAGGUACAGGAAAAAGAUGGUGGAAAAUACCGUAUCCAGGCAAUGGUCACAGAAACAGGAAGAUUUAAACAUCGUGACAUUAUCGUGGAAGUUUAUAUUCCUCCUAACAUCACAAACUUUCAGGAGAAAGUUGAAGAAUUAGAAGAGACAGAAGCUAGUCUCAAGUGUUGGGCUGAAAUUGGCAACCCAGCUCCUUUGUACUCAUGGUUUGAUAAGAAUGAUAUUCUUCUUGGAACCCAGGAAAGGUUUUUAGUCAAUAAAACUACUGGAAUCCUUUCCAUAAAGAAUAUUAAGAAAGAAGACACUGGGACAUACACUUGUGUGGCUGAGAAUGAAGCUGGCCAAAAUAAAAAACAGUUAGAGCUAACAGUUCUAUUUGAAGGAAAGUCAGCUUCAUUAGAGUGUCGUGCGUCAGGUAUCCCACCUCCCAAAGUCUCCAUCCGUAAAGAAGGAGUAGAUGAAGAAAUUGAAUCUGGAGAGAAGGUGUCUGUUAAUACAGUUCAAGAGGAGAAAGUUGUAAGUUUGAAAAUGACUAUAAACCAAGUUCAGAAGCAAGAUGGCGGUUUGUACUUCUGUAAUGCAGAAAACGUGGCUGGAAGUGUAGAAAAGCCUGGACAUCUAACAGUAGAAUUUAAACCACAAAUGAAGACACCUGAAUCAAAGUUAAUCAAAACAUGGAAUGAAAAUCCAGUCAAUUUGUCAUGCAUUGCUGAGGCCAUUCCUAAUGCAACUGUUAAGUGGUACUAUAAUGAACAAGAAAUUAAGGCUGACCAAAGUGAAACCUACAUCAUUUAUGGGGAAGGAGAAUAUAGUAACUUGUUGGUGACACCUUCUUCGGAAUUUGACGUGUAUGGUCUCUACAAGUGUGAAGGAAUAAAUGAGCAUGGAAAAGGCAACAUUACUAUUCAGCUGGAUGAAGCUUAUGUCCCAGGAAAAUUGUCUCAGGUGGAUUACAAAGAAGUUACCUCAACAACAAUAUCUUUUGAGUUUUUGAGUGAUGAUGAUGGAGGAAUGCCUAUCUCAUCAUACUUGGUACACUACAGGGAAAAAAGUGAUGCUCCAGAAAAUUUCAAAGUAGAAGAAUGGCUAGCAGGAACAACAUACAUUCUGGAAAACCUGAAACCAAGAGCUACUUACAUUUUUCGAUUUGCUGCAAAGAAUGCAGUUGGCACAGGAAUGUGGCUUGAUAAAGAGCCCUGGAAAAUGCCAGAAGAAUCUGCCCCUGAUCCACCAACAAUAAUUUCACCUGUAGGAAACAUGAGUACAUAUCCAGACAAGAUGGAUAUUCAGUGGAAUAUAAAUCAUGACAAUGGAAAACCUAUCAAGAUUUUUCAAAUACGCUACUUUAAGAUAAAAAAACAGAGUGAAAACAAGUGGAAGCAAGAAGGUCAAGAUAAAGUAAUCAAUCUUGACAAUGACUCAAAAGAAGAUAAGAAGGCCCAUUUUACAUUAACUGAACUGGAACCUGACACUUACUAUAAAGUGGAGCUAAGAGCCAAAAAUGAGAUUGGUUUCAGCCAGGAUGAAACAAUGAUUUUCCGAACAGCUACAAAAGCUGCAGUUAGUGGCACUGCUCAAGAAGGAGGAAUAUCUACAUCUGUGAUAGUGGCAAUUGUUGUGGUUCUCAUUGUUGUGAUACUUAUUGUCAUUGAUGUAACUUUCUACUUCUACUACCAUUGGGGAGUUUUAUACUUUUUGAGACAUAAUGUAUGUGGUGAACCUUCUGAAAGCAAAGGCAAAGAAGCAGUCACUUCUGAUGAAGAGAAGGGGAGCAUUCCAGUACACAAGGAACAGGUUAAAACCACAGAUGAAGUUGGUGAUUCUUCAUCCCCAACUGCUGAUAAAAAAGACCAACUUCUGGAGUCUAAGGAGGAAACAGAAAAAACAGAGAAUGUUGAAGUAACUGGUGAGGACACUCCAAUGAUUGAUCCAAAUAGUGAGAAAAAGACUAAGACUGAAGAGAGUGACAAAAACAAGUCACCAAAGGGAUCUAAAACAAGCCUCUCUAAAGGCAGUGAGGUGUAACAACCGGACUGAACCAAAACGGGAACAAUAUUUUCAUUCUUUAAAUUGUUUACUGAAGACCACAUGCUAUGUUUUUUAAAACAAAGUUUUUUAAUUUAACAAUAAAAAAAAUUAAACACUUUGCACACAGUAGGAGCAAAAAAAAAAGAAGAAACCACAACCAGUUUGGCUUAAUGGUUGUUAGGUUCUUUUGGUAAUGCUACUGUCUGAAAUAAUUUGUACUGUUGUAAAAUUGUAGAACAUCAUUGAAGUUCAUAACCCAUGUAACUGAACCUCUGAUUAUUUUAUGGCUGGUGCUGUUAUGAAAUGCACCUCAUUUUUGAAGAGUUAAUACAUGGAAUUAAGGAGUUCAUUUAUGAAAGUUUGAUAGAAAGUAAUUUUUGUGUUUGAAAAUCACACCAUGGUAUUUAAUCAUUAAAAAUUGGAAGUUAUAAAACUGAGUGUCAUUACAAUUUAAUUUUUUUUUAUUGUUGUUAUUAUGAUUCUUCUUUCACUGUGUUUUAGGUUGUACUGAUUUACUUGUACAAAUAAAGCUGCAGUUGAAUUGUGUUUUGCUAGGUUAUUUUUGAGAUUGUAAUAACAUUUUACCUUGCAACCAAAAUAUCUAGCAAAUGUUAUGUGUGUUUUGAGUUUUACUUUGAUUGUACAGUAAAAAAAAUUGUUGCAUCAGUAUUGUGUUUUAAGGUAUUUCUGAUUGAUAUUGGUUAUAAAACUUGUUUUGAAAACUAACUGAUCAAAUAUUGACCUGACAUUUACAAUGCUUUCCUCUGUGUAUAUUUAGCAACAUCAGCAUUAUAUUGGUAACUGAUGUUGUAAUCUACUACUUACACCUCUAGCAUACUAAAAAUUGCAAUCAGUACUAAAGGUUAUUUUAUUAUUGUUAUUAAUAUAAAAUAGAUGCUUAAUUGCUUUUUAUUUUGCCCAAUUUAAGGGAGGCCCAGUACUCUAGUCUUGAUGUCUACUAAAGAUUAGAGAUAAAACUUAAUCUCUUAAAUUUUACUAUUGCUCAUUUUUGAAGUUUCUGAUUUAUUGGAAAGAAACUAAGCUUGAUUCCCUCCUUCAAUAGAAUAACAUUGAUCUGUUUGGUUGUGUCUUGAUAAGGUUAAUUUAGGGUUCUUAAACUGGGGUUAAAAUAAAUGUCAUGAGAUCUGUGAUUACUUUAUAUUUAAGAACAAUAAAUAUUGUUCAGCAUAUCAAUGACUACCCUUUUAGGGUAGUAAGAGCACCAGAUGAAAGAUUAAUAAGCUUAAAAAUAUUCAAAUUUUUACAGUAAAAUAAAUAAGAAGUGGAAUAUUCUUUGGACAGCUAGGUAAUAAAUUUCAAAGUCAUGAAUGGUCAUUAUAUAGAUACAUAGAAAACAGUAGAUGAUGAGUAAAAAUAUGUCCAAACAAGGAGGGAUCAUAUAUCAUUAGUUUUGGUAUUCCUUUCUGCAACCAAAUUGUUUUCUGCAGGUUGCAUUACAAAAAUUGAUAAAUUGUCCUUUUGUCUCUUCUGUGUAAUUUUAUUCAACUUGAAACAAUGUUACCCAGGGAUUAAAAAUGUCAUCUUGUAAAUCAGGUUAACUUAAAUAUAUGUAUUGUGAAUAAACCAGAUAUGCAGGUGAUCCUCUUGUAUUAUUGUAACUGUGGCAACUAAAUGUAUUAAAUGUUUUCAUUGGGAUUUUUCUGAUCUUUGAUCUGAGUAUUAAGGUAAGCUAAGCUGAUAUACUGUAUAGUCAUUGUUUGAGCUAAUGUUGUUAAAAACCACUGACUAUACAAUGCUCUUUAUAUAACUGUCAUGUGCUUUUUUAAAUUAAUUUUCUAAUGUGAUAAAUUGAACCAGUUAUAAGCUCUAAGCUUUUAUGUUUGGAAGAUCUUUUAAGUGUACUGUUUUGUUUCUUCUUCUGAAAUAACACCCACUGUUUACUACAGCAGUGUGCCUCAACUGAUGUGCCUCGUUAGAUUUGGUCAUUUUUGCCUGUAUCUUCAGUCUGUGUUUGUAAGUCUGUAUGACUUGUUGCUAUGCCUACUGUGCUAUGUAUAUGUGCAUGAAAGGAAAUAAAUAAAUUGAUCUUCAGCUUAA